AAUUAUAACGUGUACAAACAGCACAAAUCAAGAAGUGUACAGCUUGAUGAAUUCCUACAAUGACACUUCGUGCUAUCAGCACAUUGUAUCAUUAACUUUUAAGUUGAUAAACUGGUAAGAAUGAAGGAUUAAAACCAUCAACAACUACCACAAAAAAGCAGAGUAGUAAACAAGAACCAGUAGGUGUGACUAAACCAGGUGGGAAGCACACUUGCAAAAAUGAAACAAGUUUUGUCACAUUUUAUACCACACAGGUUUUCUGUAUCAUCAGAACAUGAGAGAAUACAUUGUCUCAGUCUGAUAGGAGCCGGACUUGGAGUUUCUCUUACUGUGCUUUUCCUCCCUUGCCUGCAGGAGUUGUACAUUUCAAAGCAAACUGCAGAAAAAACAGAAAACUUCAGAACCAAUUAGAUUGCUUAGCAACGUUUUUUUCUUUCCUGAGCUACUUCUGUGUAAUCCUCCUGUCACAAAUUGUGACCUUACACAGUAACUUUAAACUUGAAAAUCAACUUUUCAACGUUUUGAGACGCUCUCUUCCCUUGAUUGACAGAUCGUUUUGUUCACUUGAAAGUCUUGGACGUCUCCUAAUUCCCGGUCUAGUCAUAACGCCCAGAGGUUACUAAAGAACACUCAAGAUUCACAGGGACUCUGCCCAUGGUUUACCUUGUAAAUACAAGCCAUUCUGAGAUCUGGGUCCUGAAAUUAUUUUACCCUUCGAGAGCAGAAAUAUUACCAUGAUCAUACAGUGAACCCCUAGAUUUUCAAAUUCUUUAUACAUUCAGCGACUUCUUCGACCGACCAGUAACUUUCCCAGUUAGCAACCAAUAGUUUUACAUAGGUUGCUAUCUGUUUUGUUCGCAAUUUACGAGCAAUUUAGCCACACGUAAGCAACCUUAAGGAAGGGGAAGAGGGGUUCUUCCUGUCAAUGAAUCCACACAAUGAGAGGCCCGUGGUACCCAAAUGAAACAAUGAUAAAAGAUCGGCAAAGCUCAGAAACGUUCCUGAAAGCCACGAACGCCAGCUCUGAUUUCAGGUUGCCGGAGUGCGCCCGCUCGGUAGCCUUUAUGGCCAAGAGACAGAAGGGUCCAGGGCAGAGGGUCCCACUGGGGACGCUUAAGAUGAGAGUGGGCGACCCUGCUACCAGCCCGCCCCCACCACAAAGAGGAGUAAACGCUCCGCAUCCCCGUCACCAGGGCAACUCUGCAAUCCGACACCUAGGCGCAAGAUUCCGCAUUCCCAGCCACCGGACGCAGAACACACGCGUUUCACAACCCGGACGCAGGGACUCCGAGGCUUCCCACAAGGCCGUCCCUGGGGUGCUGAGUGCGACGAGGAAGACGCCCUCUCUGCAGGCCCCGGGUCCGAAACUCAGCCACCCCCAACGACCCCGCCGCUCCCGGGUCUCGCUUCCCGCACGUGGCGGCCGUGAUUGCCCCGGCCGGUAUCCCUCCGCGUCCGUCCCGCUCAGUCUCCCCCUCCCUCGCCGGGACCCUCCGAUCCGGCGCGCCGCGGAAGGAUCGCACGCACGCGCUCGCGCACGCCCCGUGGAAACGGCGGAGAGCUGAGGGAAGCGCGCUCCUCGGGGAAGGGGGCGGUCGGUGCCUGCGCAGAGCCGCCUCCUCCUCGCCCCCGCCCCGCCUCCCCCCGCGCC